AAAAGUUCAUUCUUUUAUGCCAAAAAUAGGAUUUUUACUAUUUAAGUGCAUAAAAUCGCAUAAAACACAGAGUGUUGGCAGAUUUAAACCAUUGUAUUAUGUCUCAUUCUACUAUCAUGCAUAUAAAGUUAUACUUAACGUUUUCGUUUUAAUGAGAAGUUAUAAUAACAAUGAUUUUUGCUUACAUUCGUCACUCGUUUAGGAUCUAUCUGUUAUAACUGAAUAUUGUAACAUGAAUGUUGGCAACCUCUUCAUGCUGAGGUUUUUUUUUGUUUUUUGAUCAUAUUGUCAUGCAUUCAAUGGUACCGGACAUACUUUAAGGUUGCUCAAGGUUGAUUGUUUGGAAAAUCAACUAAAAAAUCAAAAUAAAAUAAGGGUUGGUUUUCUUUAUAUUGUUUUAAUUCAAUAAACUAGGUCAGAAGUAGUUAGUAGUCUAAAUAUUGAUUUAUAGUUGAUUACAUCCGUUUGUCUUAUGCUUCAUAUCUUAGUUGUCUUUACAUGCAAAUUUGACAAUUUCUUGGAAAGCUUCAACCGUACCAGAGCCUCAUAGUUUAUUUCACCUAUUUUAAACCUUCCGCGUCCACCAAGGAUGUGCUAAAUUUAGCACUGCAUUUAUGUUUAAAAUGAUCAAUUUACUCAUGCCCAACUCCGUUACAUUCAUCAUUGAACAGAAUUACUAUUUUCAACAUAACAAUGAUACUAUAUCUUCAGUUAAUAGAACAAAAAGCAAAAACAAUGACUGAACCACGCUUUUUCUGUUCUCUUUAGGAGAAAUUAUAUUACGGGAAAACUUAAUUAUAGCAGUCAGAAAUUAUGUAUAUGGAUGCAUAAUAGAAGGAAAAAGGGAUGUGUACGAAAACAUAGGCACCCGUUCUACGCAUAAAUAUUAAGGUUCUAUACGUAGCACAACAGAUUAUUCUUUAUCAAUUAAUGAAAAUUGAGAAAGACUGUGGCUUUUUUAAUGCAUAGUACACGCUCAAUACAAAGUUGAGAAAACAAAAAUGUAUGAACGAGUCUAUACUAAAUGGGGGGUGGGGUGGAAGAGUAUAGAGUAUGGUGGAAAUUUUAGUUGCAUUGAAUGACAGGGAAUAUGCUAAAAUGUAAAACACAUUUCAGUGAUUGUUAUUGUUUAUAAAUUUAUUAACAGAAAUAUAGUGAAUCGUUACGAAGUUCUCAUGAUCCAAGUGACAUUGUAGCUAUUCGGGUUUGACCAGACAAUGUAUACGGUUACAAACGUUGUUUGUUAUUCUCCCAUUAGAGUGCUUAUGUUAUAUACUUCAAUUUCGGGGAACUCGUAAACUGAAUUAGGAUCUUCUGGAAGUAAAACAUUAUAGUGUGCAUCAUUUCUUCCUGGAUUUGAUAAAUGUAAGACUAUUGGAAAAGUAGUACUAUCAAAGCUUGGAGGUUGAAUUUUAAAGAAUUGUUUUCUUUUAUUUUGAUGUUGCACAAUGAUAAAACACCUUUCUAAUGUCAUACUGAGAGCAAAUAAUGUAUCCAUAUUACCAUAUUCUCCUGGUGUGCAGCAUAUCUUUAAUAGAUCAGAAACUGUCUCUGAUUCUAGCCAAUGUCUAUUUUCUAGGGUUUGAAAAAGUUGUACUUUUUCUGUCACUGUUAAAAAUGCUAUAGCUCUUAAAUCCAUUGAAAAAGUUUCAUUUCCUGUUAGAGCAUAAGAAACGGCAUUGAAUUGACAGUUACCAAAUCCGGUUAUGACGAUCUCUUUAAACCCUUUCAAAUACUGGCCCGAAGACGUACACCGAGCAUCUCGAUUACUAUUAAACCAAAUAGAUGCCAUGGAGAACGGUGAGGAAAACUGCAAUGCGGAAAAUGGCAGCGACAUUCAAGGCAUGAUGUCGGCUAUAAGUCAACAUGGGUCAGAUAUUGCUGAAAUUAAGAAUUUCCUGGCUACGUUUUCGACCGGCGCAGUGGCGAAUGCCGGCGCAGUGGCGACCUCUCCGCAAGCGGAGGCGGAGGCCGUAGCGCAGGCCCGGGCGUUGGCCCACGCACAGGCACAGGCGCAGGCACAGGCGCAGGCACAGGCGCAGGCACUGGCGCUGGCACAGGCGCAGGCACAGGCACAGGCACAGGCACAGGCGGAAAUGAUAGCACGGCAAGAUGCAAUUAUAAAACAAAUGGCCGAUGACCGAUGGCGGCCUAAGCUUGGGCAGAGAGGAGAUUCGGUCAAAUACUUGCACAAGCAAACAAGCUUUUUUUCUAAGCAGCUUAAUAAUGCCACAAAAAUGGGAUUAAAUAUCAUCAACAAAAUCAACGGCGCCCAAUUGAAAGAAGAAGAGAGGAAGAUUUUAAAAAAUAAAAUCGAAAGAGCCGUAGAAGAAAUGCGAGACGAAGUGACCCACAUUAUUAGUUUAUUGCUUAUUGCUUGCAACAGUUACCGACAAAACGUCAAAAGGAUAACAUAACGAAAACCAGUGAUCUAUGCAAAAAGUGAGUUCUUUUAUUCUCCUAAGGGAAACCUAUUCUUUGACUUUUCAAAGUGUUGUCCUUUUGAUGUUUAUUCUUUAUUUCGGUUUGUUUCUGUUCACUUUUCGAACAAGAAUAAUUUUUCUCUUUAGUUAACACUUACAACAAUUUCCAUCAAAUACAUCGUGAAAAUUUUUGUCUUGUGAAAGAAUUAAAUAGAUUUUUUUUAAUCGUCUGUUGAUGUUCGUUACCUUUAAUCAAUACUAAAUUUUGUUAGGAAAUUCUAUUCAGCGCAAUUUAUUUCAGUGAAAAUAUCAUUUUAUUACACAAAUCUAACUAAAAAUUACUAAAAACUUUUCUUUUGAAAUUUCAAACACUGUUUUCAUCAAAACCAUAGAAUGAAUAUAUUGCAAGGAAAUUUCAGGAAACGUCAUGAUUAUUCACUAUACAUAGAUCUAAAAAUAAUUUAAAUGUCUGUGAUAUAUAAUGCAUAUAAUUGGAGCAUGGGUUUUCACAGAAGUUUACAUGAUUUGUCAUGUAAAUCUCGUAAAAUAUCGUGUAAGCUUCUACCAUACGUCAUGUAAUUCAGCAUGACUCAGAGUUACAUAUAGUCAUUGGAUAUAACAUAAAUUUACAUGAUAUAUCAUGAAAACCGUCACAGCUGGGAGCUACAUGGCUAAAAUGAAGUUUACAUGACGUGAAAUCCUCAUUAUUUUUAUUUGUGUAAAAUCCACUCAAUUUCUAGUUUUUUUAUUUCCUUUUUCAGCACCUUCAAAAUAAUCUUAGGGUUAUCCUACUUUGGUUGGCUUUUCGAUCCGAUUAAAUUAAAAGAGGGCCAAUCCGUCGGUAGUUUCCACAAUCAAUAAACCCAGGUUGAAAAAAACCUGCCAUAGGUUAUAUUGUAACAAUUUAACUGGCGGGUAUUGUUCAAAAGCCACUCACAGAGAAGUUUUAUUCUAUGCAAUUAUCUUAAUGCUAGAGUAUUUAAGUUUCUCAAAACUUUUUCAUUUCAUGGGUCUUGCCGAAGUCUUGGAAGAAUCUUGAACUAGUCUGAUGACCCUUCUUGCAGUUAGGGUACUUAAUAGAAAGCUUAACUGAACGAUAAAAGUUCGAUAAACUUAUCGACUACAUAAUGUAAAAAUUCAUUAUCAAAUUUGUCAACCACCAUGGAGUAACUUGCAACAGUUGAAAUCGACAAAACAAAACUUCUUUUCGCGAUAUCUCGGAUAAAAAUAAUCGAUAUGGAUCAUUUAUCAAUUACGUAACGCGCUCAUUUUUAAAAUUCAACUCAAUUUUAUAUAUUUUUUGCACGUGACUUUCAAACAUUUGAAAUAUUUUGAAAUUUUACAUCUUGUUGAAAGAUCAGUUCAGUUUAUGGACGUUCUAAAACAAUCACCAACAUUAAUUUUGAACCUAGAUGGAGUAAACUAGCUGAAUGCUUAAAUUAACGGUUUUGAUAUUUACAAAGUUGAAUGAGUGUUCGUUCAUGCUAUCAUGCUAUUUUAGCUGAACAGCACUUCAAACUGGAAAUUAACCAAAUAUUACUUUCCCUCCCUUUCCAAAAAUAUAUAUUAACCUUAACGUUGCCGGAGCGCAUAGAAAUGUAUGGAGAUAACGUGUCAUGGUUUACAAAAGUGCAGAUAACUUUUGAUAGGAAAAAGAUACAUCUCUAAUUUUUUGAUAUGUUGUGUAAAAAUGUCCCAGCUUUCGAUUGACGCAAAAAAUUUGAAAAUCGGUGGUUGCCAACAUGGUGAAAAAAUUGUUUUGGUAAAUAAAUUCAAGAUGGCGGCCGAAAUCAAUAUGGCCGAUCAAACUUUUUAUAACUGCAAAAAGUGCCUCUAUCUUUUCUCUUCUCAACAACAUUUUGUUUUGAAGUUUUUUUCUGGUGAAACUUUCGAGUUAUAACGGUUUAAAUGAGCCAACAAUUGAUCAAAAUCGAGGGGUCCCGCCAUAAUAGUUGUGGCUCUAACUAACAGGGGGACCAUCAAUUUGAUUAACAAAAUGCAUAUUCCUUUAUUUUUUUGGGGAGGACUUUCAGAAAAUCGCCACUUUAAACAUUCUUGAAGACAUGGUGUAAAUAGUGGGACGGUCUCAGCGAGAGUUACCCAAAUGCAAUUUAUAUUAUUUCCAGGAUAAUUGCUAAUGUUUGUUAUUCUGAAGACCUUCUUCUUCUUCUUUCUGGCUCUACGUCCCCACUGGGACUUGACCUGCCUCGCUUCAACUUAGUGUUCUUUGAGCAUUUCCACAGUUAUUAAUUGAAGGGCUUCCUUUGCCUGCCAUUGCAUAAUUUUGUAUAUUGUGAGGCAAGUAUAAUGAUACACUAUGCAAAGUGAGUCGAGAAAAUUUUCCCGACAGGAACGGGAAUCGAACCCGCCGUCUCCGGAUUGGCGAUCCUUAGCCUUAACCACUAGGCUAACUGGAGACCCCUCUGAAGACCUACGCGUUUGAAAUAAUGAUGUGCUUGAACAAAUUUGCUGAUUAAUUGAUUUCUGUAGAAUACAUCGAGAAUUCCCUAUAUAUAUAUUUUGGUGGUUCAAAAAAUCGUUUUUGCUCCACACCGCUUAUUUGAUUCGUAACCAGAUGCUGAGCCUUCUCUCAAAAUUUGAGCUGAUUUGGUUGAAAGUUGAGAGUGCACAAGCUCUUCAAAGUUUGUAUGAAAAUUAAUAUGGGAAAACGACGUUUUUCAAUCAAUUGACCGUAGUAUUUCGCCAUGUGCCCUAGAGUGUUGGUUGACCCUUGGUACUUCUAGUCUACUCUUUCAGCUACAACUUUGCCGAAGACCACUUUCAAAUCGAACGCCUCAUUAAUUAGUUUAUAUCGGCCAACUGGUUAAAAAUAAUUGUUUUUUUUUUAUUUUCAUAUUGUUUAUUUUUUUCUUAAAUAAUAACUAUUAGUUUCAAUGAGUCGGCAUGCAAUUGUUGCUUAUAUUUAUUAGAAGUGUAAGAAGGGUACUGUUCACCAUCGGUGGAUUAAUUCGGGUUU